AUGGCAGCUGAUGAGUUACAUCAAGCUGUAAAAGCUGAGGAAUGGAGUCGGGUGUCUCAGUUGUUGUACUCUACUUGGUCCAAAAACGUUCUAGAUUGUUUUAAGGUUCAUUCGAAAGAGCCUUGGGAACGACUUGACGAUGAAAAGAAGAUCAGUAAGUUUUUUUUAUAUUUUUAUGUUUUUAGGUACGAACAGAAGAAGAAUAUACGAAAAUUUGCUUCAUAUUAACAUGCUGUUAAGCAAUUACUUUCUGAAAGGAAAGCUUUGUUCAAAUGGCAUAAAGUGCAAUAAUAGUUUUAGAUGUUAAAAAUGAAAAAAUUUUUUAUUUAGCAAUAGUAAGUUGUAUCUUUAGACGAGCUGUUGAUAUAUCCAUUGGCAUUGGCUUUAACUGGAGAUACAAAAUGUAAAAAAGUGAAUGGAGAAGUGACUUUGGGUCAUCUGGCUGAGAUCACAGGCUUCAAGCCUACGAAUUCACUUAUUUCAAGAGGCCAAGUCUGCGGCCGAAUGUUCAAAUACGGGGAAUUGACAUAUUCAUGCAAGUACGUAAUUUCCAAUGUUAUAAGAAGUAUUUUACACAGAUUUAAUCUUAAAAACUCUUGAUUAUGUUAAUCUAAAACAGCUUAUUUAGCUAGCUAGGACUAUUUAAAAUCUGGUUUGAUAUCCUUAUUAAAGCGUAAUGGUGGAGUUAAUAGUCUGAAAUUAAGGUUAAUACCUAAAAUUUUAAUUUUUAGAGAAUGCGCGAAUGAUCCGACUUGUGUGUUGUGUUACGAUUGCUUCAAGAACUCGGCACAUGUGAAUCACAAGUACAAGAUGCAUCCGACUAGCGGGAAUGGCUACUGUGAUUGUGGUGAUCCAGAAGCGUUUUUGAAUGACCCAGUCUGUAAACUGCAUUUACCGUCACAAGAGGAAAAAGAUAACUUGGACAAGUAUGGUUAUUAUAAUGUUUUUUUGUAGAUUAAUAUCCAAUAUUAAUUUUUAAAAUUUUGUUUUUUAGAUUUUUAAAAACGUUUUGUAAGCUUUUUAUCAAGUUCACAAGUUUUAUGGUAAAAUAAGUUAUUUCAGACAACUUCCAAAGGAUUUACACACAAGACUUCAUUCCCUUGUUCUGAUCUGUCUCAAGUUCAUUGUAGAAGUUUUAAUGGCUGAUGUUGAUAACAAUGAUUUGUUUUUGCCUACUGUUAUUGAGUAAGGCUAUUUUUUAAUCUUAUUUUCAUUUUUAGUCUUCGGGAGAUUGGCAAUGAUGUGCAUCAAACGAUAUUGUUCAAUGAUGAAACACACACUUACGACAGUGUAAGUUUUAACUUUUAUUAUGUUGGUUUUAGGUAUGAUUUUGCAAAGGUUAAUGAAGUGUUAUCUUAACUUUUAUAAUUUUUAUGAAAAAGAUUUUUUAAACUUUUUAUUUAUCGUUAGUCUGAUUAAAUUUGCUAAUUUAGGUAAUACGGGCCCUGACAAUGUCGAUAAACUGUGAUGAAGAUCAAGCCAAGAAACUGGCUGCCAUUGUAGAUCGUGAAGGUCGAACUAUUGUUUCCGUGGGGUCAAUAGAAAGUUGUACCAUGGUCCAAGACAGUAUUCGUCGUCGAACACAAAAAGACUCCAGUAGACGUACUCAGAAGUCGGGUCCUUUAUUGGUAAAGGUAAUGAGGAGCUCAGUCGUAGCAUGUCAGUCAUUUGCUGUUUAUCUACUUCAAUGGCUCACUUCUCAAGUCAAGUGCUUUGGUAAGUUGUCGUAAAGUACAAAUAUGUAUAUGCAUAUGUUCGCUAUCAAAUAAUGUUGUAGUAGGUUUUUGUUUAUUCUGACUGAUAUAUUAUGUUGGAUAGAUCUGUUUAUUUUAUAACCAAAAUGUUGAAAAGUUAUAUAAAAUAUAAAUUAAAACCAAGAUUUUAGCUCCAAUUGGCACAAUCAUUGGUAAUGUUCUCCUACAUGAAUGUUCGAAAGAUUGUCGCAAUUCAGCUGAUUUUUGUCGCGAAAAACUGAUUCCAACCAUCGAUUUUGACACGAAUUUGAUAUCUCCAUCAUGUAGCCACAAGUCACCGUGUGUUCGGUUCAUGUUGAUGGAUAGAAAGUUGUGGAAACAAGCUCGAAUAUCGAUUCAUCAGAUCUUCAUGACUUCUCUGUUGAUGGAUUUCAAACACAAAAAGAAUUUUGGCCGAUUGUUCAUUCAGGUACGUUGAGUAGUGCAUGAUACACAAUAUUUUUUGUAUAAAACCAUUAUUUGAAGUAUGUUUUAUAUAUUACCGGUUUUCUAUAUUAUUUAUCGAUGAAAAGUUUUCAAAUUUUGAAGUUUCAGCACUUUUCGGACAUCUACAACGACUAUGUUGAUGAUGACCACGAGUACAAAUUCAGUAUAGUUGCGAUGACGGUCCAGGUGUUUACCAUUCCUACGAUUGCUCGUCAUUUGAUCAAAGAAGACAACGCUUUAAGCAUAAUCCUCGAAUACCAGUCCAACUUCCUAAAACAAUAUGUCAAAACCUCUCAUCGUGGUCUCCCAGUCCUCGACUUUACCAACAACUCCACGCCCACCGUUCUUGAACGUGCUUUAAUUGCAAUGUCUGACGUUAGUUACCUUCUGUCAUCAGUCCCGAAGCCGGAGGAAUGGGAUGAAGAUAUGAGUGAAGCCUUCCUUCGUGGCGCUACAGAAUUUAUGCGAUUGAUCAGGAACUUCCAACACAUGGAUGAAGUCAAGAGACAGUACAGUGAGCACCAAGCUACUGAUGCUGAGUGGGAAACCGCCUUCUCUUCAUGGUACAGAAUCCAAGAAGCGCUUCACGAUAUCAUCAGGUGGAGUGUAGUGAACGAAGAAGUCCAUAUCAACCUUCUGACUCGCUGUAUCCAAGAAAUCCUUCAUCAAGCCGAGAAGAUGACCGAAUUUCAAGAGAAACGUCGUUUGGUCAAGGUGAAUGAUCUAGAAGCCAUGAGUAUCGAGUUUGACGUCUCAAAAGAGCCCAUCUCUAUCUGGCAACCACUGUGGAGGUAUUGUGCAGCACUAUUUACAGCACCUCCGGAGAUCAUAAAGAAUGUUGUGUGUGAUGACGAUCCAUCACAUCCGGACUUUAAUACUCCGAAGGUUACUGACAAUGUCAGUCCAACAAAGUGGAAACCACAUGACAAACCUUCAAAAAGAUCGUUGAAGGGGUUCAGGACGAUUUUGAUGGAAAUGCCUUUAAGGUAUCAAUGUUUUUAUCGAAGUUUUGUCGUUAUUUUGGGUUUUUUGUAUACCUGAUGGUAUAUAGCUUUGUGUUCGGUUUAUAUUGUUUUAACGGUCAAAAUAUUUAAGGUGUAUCGUAUUGCGAGCCCAAGUAAAUGCCCAACUAUGGCGACGGAAUGGAUUUUCAUUGGCCAAUCAAAUUCACUCGUAUAUGCAACAGAUUUAUCGAUGUGAAAUGUUUGACCGUGACGUUCUUAUGCUUCAAAUAAGUUUUUAUCUAAGCAAGCUUUAAAAUUUAAAAUUAUUUAGUUAGAAUUGUAGAUAAGAUUACAUUUUCCGAUUAAAAAUUGUGUUGCUUUAGGCAAUGGCGGCCGUAACAGACCCAAACAAGUUCUUGAUUCGAAUGUUGGACAGAUUUUCGUUGGUCCGGUUUGCUACGUUUGGAUUCGAAGAUAUGGGUUUGAGUCAGUCACUCGAGAACACACCCUCAACUCCAGCAGCAUCUUUCGACGACUUAUCGAAGAUUACUGUAACGUUGGCCGAGGAGUUCUUCCAAAUCUUGAUAUAUGUUGUCAUGGAACGGUAUCAGAAGGGAGUUGGAAAGGUAAAAUACGUUCAAGGGUUAUUAAAAAGCGCAGUUUGGAUAAUUGUGAUAUCAUAUUAUUAUAAGUUUACUACAAAAAUCAUAAUUAAGAACGAUACAUAAUUCAACUACCUAUAUAUAACCAAAAAUUCUUUAGGUCAAUGUCGAAGAAACUCUAAAACGAGAAAUCAUCCACUUAUUGUCAAUGGGACCAUGCCCAUUCAGUCAUAUUGAGCGUUUCCUCCAAGGUAACGAGAGCUAUGUCAAGUUGUCAUUGGAUGAGAUUGUGAGAGAAGUCGGCGACUUCAGAAGACCAGGCCAAUCGACUGGUGUUUUUGCUCUGAAGCCAAGCUUACGUACUCAAUACAACGCUUUCUUCUGGCACUAUUCUCGUGUCAACAUCAGUCAAGCUGAACAACAACAGAAGAAGGAUCGAUCUUCGGAGAGUCGAGAGAUCAAGGCCUGUCCACCUCCAUUGUGCCCCAGUUUCGAACCGUUUUAUCAACCUAUCAUCAAGUUGUUAGAGUGCAAGUGAGUGUUUGGUUAAAAAGAAGGUUUUUUCCUAAAAAAGGAAGUUUUCACUGUAAUAUAUAUUAAUAUAAAAAUAUUAUUACCUUUCUUGAUUCAGGAAUAUUUUACUAUAAUUUAAACUGUUUUCUCUUUCAGAUUACUCAGCCAACUCUUACGGGUCACAUUCGAACGCUACGCCAAGCAAUCUCGCUUCUCCAGCGAUGGCCUAAUCCACCGUGCCCUCUUCCUUUGUGGAGCAGCGAUAAACGAGCAACUCCUGAACGAAGCCGACCGAAAAUCAGCUCAAAAUGAACAAAGAACAGUACCAGAACGAUUUGCAUUCAUCGAGAACGCCGAAGCGCAAAACCUGCUGGAAAAUUUAAAGAAAUGUCAACAACGUGCCGAAAAGAACGGCUACGGAGAUUUGUGGUGGUGGACGAAGACCAAGUACGAAGAAGCGUUGAAGGUAUGGAAAGGAGAACAAGACGAUCCCAAGAAUCAGGAGAAGUUGGACGAACAGAGCGACGAUUCAGAAAAUAAGGCUGUGAAAAGGGCGAGGAUUGCUAAGCAGAAAAGGGAAAUGGUAGGUUGAUGUUCUUGUAGAUGUCGUAUCUAUGUGGUAAUCGGAUAUUUUUAUGUAUAUGUUAAUAUACUAUAAAGAUACUAAUAGUUUUUAGUUAAUUAUUGUUGGAUGUUUGUAAAAUUUUAAGUUAUUGUUUUAGGCAUUGGAACGAAUGAAGAAGCUCCAACAAAACUUCCGAACCCAACAUCAAGAUUUCUUCGAAGAAGAACCAAACAAGAAAAGAGGUGGACAAGACCAACCCACCACUUCGUCACAAAGCCAAGAAGAGCCAAUGGAAGUUGACGGUCAAAGAAGCCUGGACUACGAUGAUGAACCAGAAACCGGGAUUCUACCUCCAGACGCCGGAUUCCCAGUAUGUCUAGGUCCAAACCGACUUCAUGCUCAACAAAAGGCACAGCGUAGAAUUACUUGUAUCCUGUGUCAAGAAGAGGAGAUUCUGUCGUUUGAUACUGGUGUAGUAUGUGCGGCUUACAUCGAGAGUACUAGGUUGUUCGCUCAAACUAAAGUUGAGGUAAGAACUUGCUAAUGGUCAUGAAUUUUGGUUAUAUUGUUUUAGACAGGUCUGUUCUCCCAAAAAAAAAUUCUGGGAGUUUCCUCGCCCAUAGAUACUGUUUUCCGAAAAAAUAAAUUUUUCAGGACGACAUCAAUCGAACCGAAGACUACCUUCAUUAUGCUCCGUCCGACCUGUACUACGGAAACCACAUCUCCACCUGUGCACAUACGAUGCAUUUCUCGUGCUACAAGUCCUUAAUGAGUGUGAUGAAAGCCAACGAUCGCCAAAGAAACCGAACUCAAGCAAUGUCGCCUCGGAUUCUGGAUACAGAACGAAACGAAUACAAUUGCCCUUUAUGUAAACGACUGUGUAAUUGUGCCAUGCCACUUUUGCCAACGUUGGAACAGCUGAAGGGUGUUGUGCCGUAAGUUUUAGAAGGCUUUUAUGAGUUGAGUUUAAUUUUUUUUGUGUUUUAUGAAGAAAAAUGGGAAAAAUAAGGUCACAAAAUGUAAAAAGUGGAAAUACAUAAUGUUUAUAAAAUGAAGCAGUGCCUUUAAAAAUAUGAAUAUUUAUCCAGACAAUAUUAUCUUGGGUAUCGUUUUAGAUUCUCGGAAAAUCGAAAGAAUCCUCACGAAGAAUUCCCAGACUGGAUCCAGCGAAUGCGAGAACUCUGUACUCAACAAGUCUACUCAGCCAGUAAUGGAGACAACCCAGUCAAAUCACAUUCAAGAAAACGUUCCCAUUCGGAACGAUCACUGGCUGACAUCCGCAAAGAUCAGGCGAAGGAAGGUAACAACAGCACUUCGUGUGUACCUUUUGCCAUCAGUUCCCUGAGCACUUCAUUAUCUUCAUCCACCGAGAAUACGAGUGUUUCGUCGAGGAAUCUGUCUACAUCAACAUCGACCACGGAUACGUUGAGUAACAGCACGUUGAGGUCGACCGACACGUUGACAACGUUCUUGCACGAAACUUUGGAUACGAUCAAAGGGUUCUUGGGCAAAAUGGAUGCAAAGAAAAUGUAAGUUCAUAUUGAAGCUCCCUUGUAUUGUUGAAGAUGUUAUUGUAGAAAUAUUUACAAUUUUUUUUGUAAAUCAGUAGGUAGAUUUGAUGUCAUUAUUAAUAUGUUCACAUUUCUUUAGGCAAACCAACUACUCUGCCUGGGGAACAUUAUCACCGUUCUUCUCGUCCCUUCGAGACCGCCACACAAAGCUUCCAGUGGGUAUGCCACCAACCCCACAAGACGCCGACGGCAUCGUCGACUUGAUCACCAUCUACACCACCAUGGGCUACGUCUUGAGAGCGAUCUGUGCCAUUCUUCAAGCCGAAAAGAAGGCCUUGUUUGGGGCACUGAACACUCGACAACUCGAUUCCAUCAACGGAAUGGUCCGUCUUUGUGCCGUUUCGGCAUUCACCGCAAAACCCAUCGCUCUGAGACUUCUGAUGAGUCGUCUUCUGACACCGUUCUUGAUUCCUCUGAGUGCCAGUAGACCGGUACCAUCUCAGUUGUACACGGCCAAGACCUUGAAUAACAUUGUGGAGAUCCGAAAACAUUUGAAUAGCUUUGUAAGUGUGAUUUAUAUUGGUUAUUCUUUUAGUCUCGUAUAAUUUUUCUUUUUUUACUGUUGGUGACUUCUAUUUAUUGUAUUUUUUUCAAUCGCUUUGGCAUUCUGUAAGUCAGAUAACAUAAUCAGUAAAACACUGUGUAUGUUGUAGUUGCAGAUUCGAGCCAACCCUCUCCGUUGGCAUCAACCUGACCACCAGAAGCAGCGCUCCGAACAACCAGAAUCCCAGUCUUCAACCGCGCCAGCUUCGCCAGGACCAUCGACCAGUCAGUCGUUGUUCGAACCAGAAUCCUCGACUCCACCGUACCAAUCAUCCACCGAGUCUAUCCAGAAUCCGUUCGUAGACAUCAACAUCAUCAACGUCGACAUGAUCAGUAUGGCCAUCGAAUUGGCCAUGCUGAGUGGCUGGUCUGUCGUGAAAGGAGGCAAACAGUUCCUUCACAACAUUGGCAAAGUCGAAGAAGGACCACCACGGGUACCGGACGGCAGUGUAGACGAGUACCAUUGCGUACAACUCUGCCUACUCGGCCAUAUCUACCAGGCGAUUGUUUGCUUUGUCGACAACGACCAAUCUGGAAUCCACAACUCUAGCCGCUCGAUCAGUGACGAUGUGAGCAGAAUCCAGCUACAAGAUCAAGCGACAGCAGACUCAAUGGAGUUGAACCAAGAGCAUCAGAAGUCGAAUGAAGAAGUUGAGGAGUGCUUGAAGAAGUUGGUGGAGUUAGUCAAACCAGAGAAAUCAGAAAAAAUCGAAUUGGAUCGGCUGAGGGAGAACGUGAAGCGAUGCACGGUGGAAUUCUUGAAGCCGAUUGCAAUGUUCUACAAUGCAUUGACGUUGGUUCCGCCUCCAGAUGUGCUGAAAUACGCAUCGAUGGAUGAGUUCGAGGCUUUAUGUAGAUACCUAGAUAUGCCUGUGGGCUUGCUUCAGAUCUUGAAGGGAGAGCACGUGGAACGAUUGUUUAAACUGUAAGUAGCUUUCCAAAUUAAAAGACUUGAUUUGCAGUAUAUCCUUAAUAUAGACGUGUAAUUGAUGUUCUUCGCUUCUUCGUAGAGCAACUAUAAACGUAUAUGUUACAAUAAACUUAAUCUAUUCUAGCUGGUCCUCCUACACCCGCCUUCCUCAAGCCCUGACCAAAGUCGACCGUCCUCUGAAGCCAAGAACAUUGGUCGAACUCCCUCACGACUACACAGAUCUCGUCAACAUGGCCGCCCAAUACCGUUGCCCUAGUGUAAAGACCGAUGGAAUGUGUGGAGCGGUGGUAACGAUGUGUCUGGUCUGUGGAGACCUCCUCUGUUCCCAAUCUUAUUGUUGUCAACGCAACAUCAAAGGCGAACAAGUGGGAUCGUGCACAUAUCACAUGUACUACUGUAGCGGCAAAACCGGAAUCUUUUUGAGAAUCCGCGAGUGUCAGGUCAUCUUCUUGACCGCCUCUAAGCGAGGAUGCAUCAAAAGUGCACCAUACGUGGAUCAGUUCGGGGAAACAGAUUGGGGAUUCAGGUGAGUAUUGUUUAUCCUUUUUUAUUACAGAAAUUAUUAAGAUACGGGUUUUUAUAUUUUUUGGAGUUGAUAUGAAAGGUUUUUUACCCUGUUUUCUAUUAUAUUACUAUAAAAAUAUUAUAUGUAGUUUAUUAUCCAGUAAACUUCAAUUUUUUCUUUCUUCAGUUUAAACAUAUAUUGUUUUAGACGAGGAAACCCCCUAUUCUUGAGCACCGAACUGUACAAACGUCUCCAACGCCUAUGGCUACAUCAAGAAGUGGCCGAAGAAGUGAUCAACCAGUACGAGAUCAACAUACGCAAUAGCGCCCUCGACUGGAACCACUUUUAA